AUGGCAUCAGCGUGGUCCUGCUGGGUCCUCCUGCUACUCCUGCCUGCCCUGACCCACGCUGGAGGACCCGGUCCUGUCCUCGUCAACCGCCCCUUUGUCACCAUCUGGAACAUCCCCACUGAGCGCUGCGCUCAGGAGCACAAUGUCACCCUCAGCCUGGAGGUCUUUGAUGUGUUGGCCAAUGACCAGCAGUCCUUCACCGGGCAGGACAUCACCCUCUUCUACAGCGACAAGAUCGGUCUCUUCCCCUACUACACAUCCGAGGGGGUGCCAGUGAAUGGGGGGCUCCCCCAAAAUGCCAGCCUGGAGGCUCACAUCCACCAGGCCACCCAGGACAUCAAGGUGACCCUGCCCAGCCCCGACUACUCUGGGCUGGCUGUCAUCGACUGGGAGAAGUGGCGCCCACUGUGGAUCCGCAACUGGGACUCCAUGGAGAUCUACCGGCAGAAGUCGGAAGAGCUGGUGCAGCAGCAGCACCCGCAGUGGCCUCCCAAGGAGGUGGAGGAGAUGGCCAAGCAGCAGUUUGAGAAGAGUGCCUGCGAUUUCAUGAACAAGACCCUGUGGCUGGGCAAGAGCCUCCGUCCUAGUGCCUACUGGGGCUUCUAUGGUUUCCCUGACUGCUACAACAAUCGCUUUGACACCCUGCCCUACAAUGGGACGUGCCCAGAUGUGGAGCAGCAGAGGAACAAGAACCUGUCUUGGCUCUGGAGGAGCAGCUGGGCGCUCUUCCCCAGCAUCUACCUGCCCCUCUGCCUCAAUGGCACCAGCAAGGUUCUUCCCUAUGUGCGGCACCGCGUGGCCGAGGCUUUCGCUGUCCAGCAGGGAAUCCUCGACAGUGCCAUCCCCGUCCUGCCCUACUCCCAGAUCACCUUCGAGCACACUCUGCACUUCCUUUCCCAGGAGGACCUGGUGAACACCAUUGGGGAGAGCGCGGCUCAGGGUGCUGCUGGCAUCAUCCUCUGGGGCAGCCUGGACUACAGCACCUCCAAGGAGAUGUGCCUGAGGCUGAAGGACUACGUGGAGGGGCCCCUGGGCCACUACAUUGUCAAUGUGACAGCCAGUGCUGAGCUGUGCAGCCAGAGCCUGUGCUCCGGCCAGGGCCGCUGUGUGCGCCAGCACGAGCAGCAGGGCCACCUCCACCUGGACCCCUCCCACUUCACCAUCGAUCUGCAUGCUGGCAAGCCCUGGCUGGUGCCUCGGAGCCUGGAGCCUGGGGAGGACAUCUCCAAACUGGCCAAGGAGUUCAGCUGCCAGUGCUAUGACAAGUGGCAGGGACCCCGCUGUGACACCCAGGGCUUUGCCAAGUGACCCCCCACACAAUCCUCCCACCCUGGGGACACUGGGGCAGACAGGGUGACACUACCUCAGUGCCCUUGCCAUGGGGUUCAGAACCUGACUGUGGGAUUCUUAAUAAAACCAGAAAGCACCA